AUGGAUAUGUUUUUUCAAAGUUUAUCAUUAAAAGCUAAACAGUUUCCAAGCAAUGGAAGAAUUGAAAUAAAAAUGAAAAUAAGUAAAUUAAUGAAUGAAUUGGAAAAAAAGUAUUUAGUUCACACACCACUCCUCCGUCCGCAGCUGAUGAAACCCAUCUACCUUAACCUUUUUACAAAUGCUCAAAUUCCAUCAGGAGAAAAUGAAUUCUCGUCUUCAUCGUCGAUUCAAUCAUGUACAUCAACAUUGCCAAGCUCACAUUCAAAUUCAGAAUUUUCCAGCUCUGAAUCCAGUGAUGAUUCAAAUUCAUCAGCUUAA